AUGGUCUUUGAGCUUACACCAAAAGCAGUCUCCCAGUUAAAAAUCAAAUAUGCACCGAUUGGCUAUCAUAUCUCCUACCAGUGUCUUGGAGUCCAUACCCAGUCCACCCAACUUUUUGUUGUCCCAAUUAUAUGGAACGCCAUUGACAUUGUGGAAUGGUUUUUACUUAAGGUUAUCACGGGUUUUGUUCAAUUUCAAAUAGGACUUGGCGACGCAGAUCCUUGUGCUGAAGGAAACUUCCUGUAUAUAUUUAAUGCUGGUGUUCGAGGAGGAUCUUGUAAAAGAAUCGAGGGCCAGGAAAUAUGUGAUUUUUAUAUGGAUAGUGGCUGGUAUAAAGUUAAGCAUGAAGAUGAUACAGUAGCCAGGAAAAUGAUUGAACAAGGAGUAAAUGCAAAAUUUUGUGGUACAACUUAUCCUGUCUGGUUAAAUGGAACUCAUCCGAGCAUUGGUGAUGGAAUAGUAAACAGAACAGCUUGUGUAACUGGGCGAAAUAGUCUCUGUGAUAAAGUUUACAAAAUUCAAAUCAAGGCAUGUACAACAGGAGACUUCGUAUAUAAUUUACAAAAAACAAGUGCUUGCCCUGAGGCAUACUGUUUUGGGCAAAAUAAACCAUGUGCAAGACCAAACCCAUGUCAAACUGGAAACAGCAGGAUCCUACAUGCUGGAAAUGACCGUUCAACGACAUGCAAGGACACUUCCAUGAAAUUCUGCGAUGAUUACAUGAAUGGAUUUUGGUACAGGGUUCAAAGAAAUGGAAUUGACUUAAAAAUGCCAUCCAAAUGUCCAAAGCAGUCUAGUUGUGGUACAAAAUUCCCAAUAUGGCUGGAUGGUAAUGAGCCAACCGUUGAUGAUAAAUAUGUGACCCGGAGAGCAUGUGUCAAUCAGGGAAGUUCCUGCCAAUGUACGAAGUCAUACAACAUAGAGAUCAGGAACUGUAGUACAUAUCUUGUAUAUAACCUCACCUCAACAUCAGAAUGCCCAGAGCGGUAUUGUUUUGGCGCUUUAUUUGGUUACAUAAACCUUGACCGUUUGACCUUGACCUUGGAGUUUGACCGACCUUAA